UUUCAACACCGGACGAGCGUAAUACGCUUCUGCGUUUCGCUUUUAAACUCAAGGGUUCUGGGGUCAGUAUUCAACCUGACCUCCCAUUGACUGAUAGGUUGAAAUUGAAGGCCGCCAUAAAGGACCUCAAAGCCCGUCGCGAGGCGGGUGAAACUGGUCUUCGAUUGGUGGGUUUUCGGGUGGUGAGCCGGAGGUCUACUUCCGCCCUUUCAGAGCCCGUUCUGGUGGCACCCGAUCCCCGGCUCACGAUCCCAAUUUGCUUAAAGUAGUCCUCAGCAACGUGCGUAGUCUGAGGAACAAGAUGUGCGAGAUUGGCACUCUUGUAGAAAGUUCCCGGCCAGACGUACUCGCUUUCACUGAGACGUGGCUGUUCUCCGAUAUCCUGGACAGUGAAAUGUGUUUGCCUGGUUAUACCCUUCUGCGAGCUGAUCGCGCCUCAUGCUGUCGCGGAGGUGGAGUUGCUUUGUACGUCAAAUCCACCUUGACUAUUUCACGAACAUAUUCUUUCAGUUCCCCUGAUGUAACUGCCGAGGCGCUUGCGGUAGAUGUUUGCGCUUCUUUCACGCAAUUCAAAAUUGUGUUAGUAUACAGAAGCCCCGAAAGUACGUCAAGCAGGCUCAUUGAUUUCAUUCGUACUCAUACGACAAAUAGAUGUCUUGUUAUGGGUGAUUUUAAUGUUCCUGAGGUGGAUUGGCGCAAUUUCUGCACUGCGGCGACUGGACGUUUUUCAAAUGAUCUCCUUGACCUAUCCUUACAAGCAUCCCUUCAUCAGUUUGUACAAAGCCCAACUAGGUUCAUGGAAGGCCAAAAGCCUUCCAUUUUAGACCUCAUCUUUGCGAAAUCGCUGGACUUUGUACGAGAUGUAGUGUAUGCUGCUCCCUUGGGCUCUAGUGAUCACGUCUGCCUCUUAUUCAAAUGCGCCUUAAGUCGGGGACGUGAAGAGUGUAUGGUCAGAAGGCCAAAUAUCUGGCGCGCUGAUUUUCAAGCCAUCAGGGACAAGGCUGCAAAUCAACUCUGUAUCAUGUCAGAGGAUGACACCGUCCAGGUUGCUUGGGACAAGUUCAAAUCCUUUCUUUGCGAGAUUUCCCUCCCCCACAUUCCAAUCUCAGCGAGGAAUAAAGUAGGGGCAAAGCCCCUUGGUUUGACUCUGAGGCGCGCAGGAUGCUCAGUAGGCGAUCCAGGUGUUGGAGGACUUACGUAUCAGCUCCCUCAGAAAGUACCCAUCAUCGCUACCGAAGCGUGCGAAAUGCAUGUAAACAACAUCUGCGGGCCGCACGCUUGAGAUAUGAACUAGCGCUAGCUCGAUCUGCA